AUGGCCGAUCAAAAUCAGUAUUCAUCAACCAUAACCAAAUUCACCACCCAACUCCACCUCUCCCAAGAUCUCCGAUCCCGUUAUGGUUCAUUCCAGAAUCCCUCCACAAGACAAUUCACAUACGGAAACUACACAAACAAUGGAUUCGCAAUCACAAACCCCUCCCCUGUUUUCAUCCAAGCCCCAUCAGAAAAAGGCUUCGCCGGAUUCGCCAUCGACUUCCUCAUGGGCGGCGUUUCCGCCGCCGUUUCCAAAACCGCCGCCGCCCCAAUCGAACGUGUCAAACUCCUGAUCCAAAACCAAGACGAAAUGAUCAAAACCGGGCGUCUUUCUGAACCCUACAAAGGAAUCGGAGAAUGCUUUUCAAGAACAAUCAAUGAAGAAGGAUUCGGUUCUUUAUGGAGAGGAAACACAGCUAAUGUCAUUCGUUAUUUCCCUACUCAAGCACUUAACUUUGCUUUUAAAGACUACUUCAAGAGGCUGUUUAACUUCAAGAAAGAUCGCGAUGGGUACUGGAAGUGGUUCGCCGGAAACCUUGGGUCUGGUGGUGCCGCCGGUGCCUCCUCCUUGUUGUUUGUCUACUCUUUGGAUUAUGCGAGGACUCGUUUGGCUAAUGAUGCGAAGGCUGCUAAGAAGGGUGGAGAGAGACAGUUUAAUGGGUUGGUGGAUGUUUACAAGAAGACUUUGGCUUCGGAUGGAAUUGCUGGGUUAUAUCGUGGGUUUAAUAUUUCGUGUGUUGGAAUCAUUGUUUAUCGUGGGUUGUACUUCGGAAUGUAUGAUUCCUUGAAACCGGUUCUUUUGACUGGAAAUUUGCAGGAUAGUUUCUUUGCUAGUUUUGGUCUCGGAUGGCUGAUCACUAAUGGUGCUGGACUCGCAUCAUAUCCAAUUGACACAGUGAGAAGAAGAAUGAUGAUGACGUCAGGUGAAGCUGUCAAGUACAAAAGCUCUCUGGACGCUUUCACUCAAAUCCUGAAAAAUGAAGGCGCCAAGUCACUCUUCAAGGGUGCUGGUGCCAACAUUUUACGUGCGGUGGCUGGUGCUGGUGUUCUUGCUGGGUAUGACAAACUUCAGGUUGUUGUGUUCGGAAAGAAGUAUGGUUCCGGUGGUGCUUAA